AACAAGUGCCAAAUGGGUAGCUGAACAGAGUCCAAAACUGAAGAAACAGAAACCACAAACACCAGAAGUGAAAGAAAAGCGCUUUUUUUGAGCCUUCGAGUUUGAGAGUUGAGCUUCAAUUCAAGCUUGGCCAUGGCGGCAUCAACAUCUUCUCUCUAUGCCUCUUCCCUCCUUCCGAAAUCCUCCGCCAAAUACCCUUCUCUCUCCUCCUUCCCUCGCUCCUCUCUCUUCACACCCCCGAACUCCACCAAUCUCUUUUCCUCAUCUCCUCUCUCUCUCCGAUUAUCAUCAACAACAACUCCGCCGCCGUCGGCCGUGCCUUCAGCAUCCGCUGCCGCCGCCUUGGAGGCCCAGCCAUCGCCGGCCUCCGCCACUCCCUUAAAGUCCCUGCCUUUUCGGGUCGGACACGGGUUUGACCUCCACCGGUUGGAGCCUGGCUACCCUUUGAUCAUCGGAGGGAUCAAUAUUCCUCACGAAAGAGGCUGCGAGGCUCAUUCCGAUGGGGAUGUUUUGCUUCAUUGCGUGGUCGAUGCGAUUUUGGGGGCUUUAGGGCUUCCAGAUAUCGGGCAGAUUUUCCCGGAUUCUGAUCCCAAGUGGAAGGGUGCCCCAUCUUCUGUUUUUAUCAAAGAAGCUGUGAGACUCAUGCAUGAGGCAGGUUAUGAGAUAGGAAACUUGGAUGCCACAUUAAUUCUUCAAAGGCCAAAACUGAGUCCACACAAGGAGGCCAUUAGAGCCAACUUAUCCGAGCUGCUCGGAGCGGACCCCGCCGUUGUUAAUCUAAAAGCGAAAACUCAUGAGAAGGUUGAUAGCCUUGGAGAAAAUCGAAGUAUUGCUGCUCAUACUGUGGUGCUUCUUAUGAGGAAAUAGAAACAAGCUUUCCAAAGUCCGGGUCAAACCACGUGGUGGAUGUAGUUUUAAUACUUGUAUACAAUCCUCAUAGCAACUACGGCAUUUGUAAAAACAGCUCCUUGAUCUGUACGCCGCUAAGUAUUUAUUCAGUCAAGCAUAAUUGGAUAAACUUGAGUGUGUUAAGCGUCAAAUUGUUUACCAAUAAGAAGCGACAUAGCAGGUUUUUAAUUGCCAAA